CCCCACUUCCCCGACUGGAUGGACUCGCCCUGCACGUUUUGACGGCAUCCUCCGCAAAGAGCCUAAGCACCGUUCGGGGGGUAUGGAGCCUCCAGAUCGCCCAGUUUGCUUCUUUCACUUCCCCCAUCCGGGGUCAUGUACACAGUAGUCCAACAAAAUGCCUCGGAAACCCACGCCUGCGGGAAAGCAGAGGGUGAGGACGGGCUGUCUAACCUGCCGGAAGAGGCGACGAAAAUGCGAUGAGCAGAAGCCGCGAUGUGCCAACUGUGAAGUCAAAGGCCUCGCUUGCAAGUAUGGUGCUGAUUUGGCCUUUGUGCCGCCUCGAUCGGGGGAUACUGGUGUUGGGGCGAGACAGGUGUAUGGGACCAUCACGUUCGUGGACGACUCGCCAGCUGCACGCGCAGCAGCGAAAGAGAGAUCUCAACCCCCUGGUGACAGCGCAUCGGAGUUGCGAGCCAGUAGCUACGCAAAAUCAGAGAUUUCAAAUCCUGGAGAUACAACUGUAUAUUACGACCUGCCCGAAACUCGCACAGCGUUUAACUUGGAUAACAUCCUCACCCAACCCGGGCGAGUCGAGUUGAAUCAAAGACCUUCAUUAUUCCAACAUGCGCCGACUUCUCUCAACCAAACCCAUAGGCCGUUCACUCAGGGGACUCCCCAUUCCUACCGUGGUGAGGUAUCAUCUCGAACAACAACAUUAUCAAGCAUCAACCAUGAAACGGACUUACUACGACAUUUUCGCUACAACAUCAGCCCUUGGAUCGAUGUUGGAGAUCCGGACUGCGCUCUGGGAAUUCAAGUCCUUCUGCUCUCUCGAACAAACAGGCCAUUGCAGGCAGCUACAUUAGCAUUAUCCGCGAGCCAAAGGCCACUCGUUGCAGCCCCUUCACAUAUCGAAGAUUUCGACAGCAGUAAUCGCUUUCGAGGAGAGGCAGAAGACAGUCUGGACCUAGAACCAGGAUUGGUUGGGCAUGCUGGACGUGCACUGCUGCUCGUCCAAGAUCUCCUACCGCUAGGGCCACAGCUUUGGAGGAAUAUUCUCUUACCACAAUUACAGUCCCAGGGGGACUUGCUACACCCGGCUGCACUGGAGGAGGAGCUAGGCGAAGGAAUCUUCUGGCUCCAUUUCCGACUCGACCUAGCAGCUUCAAUCCUCACAUCGAAACAACCAAUCAUUCCCUUCCAAUCCUACAUCAACCGCGACGGUUCGCCUAUUCAAACACCCCGCCCUCUUCGACCACGCUCCAUCAAUCAAGUCUACAAACAUUCACUAUGUCUGCUUGGUCAUUGCUUGUCUCUCAUAUAUGGCGGCGGCCCUGAUGUAUCACUGCCCCAAGCCGCCACCCCUUCAGACUUCGCCGCAUUCCCUGCUCUCCAGCAAUCUCACUUUUUGUCACAAUGGACCUUUCUCUGGAGCGACUGCCAGAAAUGGUAUAACGAGCGCCCGGUCGACACACAGCAGAUUGUUGAUGUGCGGGGCGGCGAAGCAGAUAAGAUUGAUCCAAAUCAUGUCUCAGCCCUCCCGAUCCUAAUUUAUACCACACCUAUGGCGCUGGUCGCCAAUGCUGUUUAUCACAUCACCUCGCUUCUGCUCUUGGGGCACAAGCCUCGACUACUAAAGUCCUUACCGGGGCCACGAUGCUUUACGUCACACAUCUGGCACGCACAAUCAAUCGCCGGCAUCGCAGCUAGCAAUGAGUCACCCGAGCAAUGGGACCCUGUUCUCGUUUCAAGCCUCUUGUUAAUUGCACGAGAUAUGACGCACCAGUCGCAGCAGGCGGUAUUGAUGGGGAUAUUCCACAAGAUCACGGCUACGACUGGGAUCAACUUGGACGGCGAGACUGAAGCGCUUCAAGCUGGGUGGAAACUUGCACGAUUUGAUGAGGAUUCGGAUGAGAUGGAUAUGUAAUAUCAUUUCUAUCAUGUAUACUCCAAGACGCCAUUUCCUUUUAUCGGUAUAACACGUUUCUCUCAGUAUCUAUCUUUUCAGAUAUUCCCUACUCUAGGUCAUAUGCAAAUGGAAUGCUCUGCAUUGCACCUCGCGCAGCAACACAUUUGGCAGCCGCGGCGUUGGCCUUCUUUACUGCGCUCUCAAUCUCGCUGUCGAAUGCCUCCAGGGGCUCCCCCUUGGCGAGGAACCGUGCCAGAGCUGUUGAGAAGUAUCCAACGAAUGUAUCACCAGCGGCCGUGGUAUCAACAACCUUGGGUACACGCACACCUGGCACAGCACCACGAGAACCAGUGCGUGUUGAGAAAUAAACACCCUUGGCGCCCAAAGUAAUCAAAAUAAUUUGCACAUCAGCAGUCUCGUGGAACCGUGGUGCCAGCUCCUCGGGCAGCAGAUCAUCCAACUCGGUCGGUCGAGUCGAGUCAGAAACAGGCAACCCUGCAAUAGACCUCGACAUCUGGACAGCCUCAGUCUCAUUCAUAAUAAGCACAGAAGUAUGCUUCAGCGCCUCCAAGGAAAUCCCCUCUGGAUAAACGGGCGCCGGAUUAAACACAACAUGCACCUUCUCCUCCCCCAACCCAACACCAUUAUAAUACUUCAACAAUCCCAGUGUAGUCUCCCUCGGAAUCUCGCCCUGCAAAACAAUAACACCGGGUCUCACACUCUGUCCCUUGACAACAUCCACAAUCGCUCCAACAUCCCCCAUAACACCAGCAUGAUUAGCGCCAGGGACAACAAGAAUCCGAUUCUCACCACCCGCGCCCUCUUCCACGAGAAUUGUUGCCGAACCCGUUUGCGCCUCGCCCGACUCCUCGACAUCCGCCGUGCUAACGCCCGAUUUCUCCAGCGCGGGCUUGAGAAGAGUCGAGUAGUAGACGUCGUUCGCGCCGACGGCGCCGAUCAUGCUGACAGUUGCGUCUUGGGUUUUGUCUGUUGUGAAGGAGGCGCGGCCGCAGGCUGUGGCUUGGUUUCCGCCUUUGCCGCCGGCUGUGACAGUGAGGGAGGUUGCUGUGAGAGUUUCGCCGGCGCCGGGGCAGCGUGGGGUCGCCGUUACGAAGUCGAUAUUCAAGGAGCCGAUGACGCAGAUGUGAGGUUUGGGGGUCAUGAUGUUUCUGAUGCCCAUUGUGGCGAUUUUUGUGUUGUUGUCUUGGAGGUGUUGCAUAAGUAGAGAGUACGGCGAUAUAUCGAGUGAUGAAUGUUGAAAAAGACAAUUGCGAAAAUCACGGCGGAGGUUUCAACUGUCAAUCUAGGCCCUGGCAAUGCUAUAAGUAAUAUAGCUCGUCCUUUU